AUGGCCCCAACAAGGACCGAUCCUGACAAGAUCCGGAAAUAUGCUGAUGAGGUUGCCGAAUAUAAUUACGAGCAGGCAGUCAGCAUUAUUCAGAGGGACAAUGCUUUGGCUAUGGGCAAGGGUGUGCAGAAUCGGUACAACGAAACAAUUUUCUGGAAAAUCAUUCUCAAGGGUGCUGCGUUGAUCGAUCAUGCAAAGCUGCCGCCCGCGAAAGGACCUGCCGACGGAUUCACUAUGGCGGAAAAGGCUGCAACCAAGAAGUUCAUGGAAGAUGCUGGAUACGGGCUAGGUGCAGAAAACCAACGGCAACACCGCAUUUUUUGGAAAAACCUAUUCAAAAUGCGUGAAGCCGGCAUCGACAAAGUCCUCUAUCACCGCACCAAAGAAUUCGACAGUUACUGCAAAGGAUAUCCUAAGACAUCGGAAAUCUCCCUUGUGGACGCAAUCAAAAGGUGGGAGACCCAAUAUCGACCUUAUAUCGAACAACUGGAAACGCGGGUUCUUAGACUCGGCAAAGGUGACCUGGCGCUCCUAUCCGAUCUUGACAAUCCCCAGGUUGCAGAGAGGUUGAAAGUUCAUGAGUCCUCUUGGAACAAUGCCAAAAAUGAAUGGGCCUUCACUAGCGAAGAAGAACGCUUCAAGAGAAAGGGUUUGCAGACUUUUUCUACUGAUGUAAUAUGCGCACCCCUCGACAACCAAUUAGCAUCAGAAUCUGGAGGAGAUAAGUCCGCAUUCACUUUUCUCCUGCCUAAAGAUGGCAGCUCUUUGUUCGCCUGUUCCAUUGUUCCCGUGCGCGAGGGAGACUUUUUAGGCGUAUUUGCUGGUAAAAUUCGUUUUCGGAAGACUGGAGUACCACCUACGGUAUCCGCGGUCCUAUCGACAAUCUGUGGCUAG